UUUGGCAGUUGUUGGGGACCGGCCAGGGAUAAGAAAUUAUUUUAGAAUGAAUCAAGAAAGCGUACUCGCUUGUUGCGCCGUUUGUAGUGAGAAGACCCAUCGGCGAUGCGCUCGCUGUCUUAAUAUUUACUAUUGUAACACGGAACACCAACGUCAAGAUUGGCGCAGACAUAAAACUGAGUGUGUUUCAAAGUUACCAAAACAGGCAUCGAAUAACGUUAAAGCUGUCCAACAGUCGUCUUCCACGAACGAAAAAUUCGAGAAAGUAGUUAAGAAAGACAUAAGUAAAGAAGAAAGUGAGACUGCAAAACAAGAGGGUAGUGAAGUUAGACAGUUGAAGAAAUCGAAAAGAAAAAACGUGAAAAAAGAAGGUAGUGUGGAAACGAAUGAAAGUAAACCAUUACAAACUUCUAAAGGAGACGAUGAAAGUGUUGAAAGUGAUUUAAAAGGACCUUCAGAUUUAAAAGACAGUGUCAUAUCUAGUGUAGUGUAUACAAAUAGAGACUUGACAAAACAGAGUGCCAUUAUUCACGAGGGGUCAUCAGAGCAGGAGAUUCUGAACGAAUCUGCUCAACAGUUGAGUACAGUGGACUUUGUGACUGCCACAACUAAUGUUUUGAAGACUGUGAAUAGAACUAAUGCAAAAAUGCCUCCAAUUCCUGUGUAUGUUCCUGAAACACAUUCUAAAAUGAAAGAGUACCCUGAAGCAUCGCUGAAGGGUAGCGGGGCGUUUAUGAUGAAUAAUUACUAUGGUGACACAAGUGAUCCUAGUUAUGAGAUCUGCCAGAGAGUCAUCAGAGACAUGACACAGUAUGGUGUGUGUGUUUUGGACAAUUUUCUUGGUAAAGAUCGAGGGCUGCUGGUGCUAAACGAAGUCCUGGAAAUGUACAGAUCAGGCAUUUUUACAGCAGGGCAGCUCGUGUCAAGCCCAGCCAGCACAGAGGCGCAGACCAUCCGUAGCGACCGCAUCACCUGGAUAGACGGCAAGGAGCCUCACUGCUUCUACAUCAAGCAGCUCAUCUCACAAGUAGACAAAAUAAUACUACAGGCUAACAAAAUGCCCAACAAUGGCAAGAUGGGCGACUACGUCAUCGACGGCAGAACGAAGGCGAUGGUAGCGUGUUACCCCGGUUCAGGCAGCCAUUACGUGAAGCACGUCGACAACCCUAACAAGGACGGCCGCUGCAUCACCGCGAUAUACUACCUCAACCUCGACUGGGACAUCAAGCGUUGCGGAGGACUGUUGAGGGUGUUCCCCGAGGGCACGAAUCAGGUAGCGGAUAUUGCGCCUAUCUUCGAUCGCAUGCUCUUCUUCUGGUCCGACCGUCGCAACCCACACGAGGUGCAGCCCGCAUAUAGCACCAGAUACGCAAUAACAUUAUGGUACUUCGACGCACAGGAGAGAGCAGAAGCACUCAGACAUUACAAAGAACGAGGUCAGCCAUCCUCUAGCAAGUGACGGCGGUCGAUACCAGUCGAUAAGAUCGCAAAGUUCAUAUCCUAGUAUUUUGUAUGGCAACAUACAUACAUUUAACUCAUACACUCUUGUUAAUUCUCGACAAAUAUCAUAUAAUGUAUAUUUUUCACAAAAAUUCAUCACUAUCUUUCUAAAGUUAUCUUUUAAAUUUUCAAUGUUAAAUCAAUGCUUGUUGAGAAUUGACAGGAAUGG